GCUGAGACCGCGCGGGCUCUGGCUCGAGUGGUGGCAGCAGCGGCGGCGGCGGCAGCGUCUGUUCCUCCAAAGGCGCCGUGCGCUCCGGGACACACGUGGGCGGCCGGGAGAUGGCGCGCGGCUCGCGACGUGGCGCGCAGAUCCCGGGACGCGGGAUGGAGCGGCGCGAGUGAGCCUGAGCCGGGGCGGCCGCGCCGCGGGGCGAUGGCCGUGCCACCGCUGCUCCGCGGGGCGCUGCUGCUGUGGCAACUGCUGACGACGGGCGGCGCGGCGCUGGAGAUCGGCCGCUUCGAUCCGGAGCGCGGCCGUGGUCCUGUCCCGUGCCAAGCGGUGGAGAUCCCCAUGUGCCGGGGCAUCGGCUACAACUUGACCCGUAUGCCCAACCUACUGGGCCACACGUCGCAGGGAGAAGCGGCUGCGCAGCUGGCUGAGUUCGCGCCUCUCGUGCAGUACGGCUGCCACAGCCACCUGCGCUUCUUCCUCUGCUCGCUCUACGCCCCCAUGUGCACCGACCAGGUCUCCACUCCCAUCCCCGCCUGCCGGCCAAUGUGCGAGCAGGCUCGCCUGCGCUGCGCCCCCAUCAUGGAGCAAUUCAAUUUCGGCUGGCCGGACUCGCUCGACUGCGCCCGGCUCCCCACGCGCAACGACCCGCACGCGCUCUGCAUGGAGGCACCGGAGAACGCCACCGCAGGCCCCACAGAACCCCACAAGGGCCUGGGCAUGUUACCUGUGGCACCUCGGCCCGCGAGGCCACCUGGAGAUUCAGCCCCAGGUCCCGGCAGUGGUGGCACCUGUGACAACCCCGAGAAGUUCCAGUACGUGGAGAAGAGUCGCUCGUGCGCUCCGCGCUGCGGGCCAGGUGUCGAGGUGUUCUGGUCUCGGCGCGACAAGGACUUCGCGCUCGUCUGGAUGGCAGUGUGGUCUGCGUUAUGUUUCUUCUCCACAGCCUUCACCGUCUUCACCUUUCUGCUGGAGCCUCAUCGAUUCCAGUACCCCGAGCGUCCCAUUAUCUUCCUUUCCAUGUGCUACAACGUCUACUCUUUGGCUUUCCUGAUCCGAGCGGUGGCAGGUGCACAGAGUGUGGCCUGCGACCAGGAGGCAGGAGCUCUGUAUGUGAUCCAGGAGGGUCUGGAAAACACAGGAUGCACCCUGGUCUUCCUAUUGCUCUAUUACUUUGGUAUGGCCAGCUCACUUUGGUGGGUAGUUUUGACUCUCACUUGGUUCCUAGCUGCAGGCAAAAAAUGGGGCCAUGAGGCCAUUGAGGCCCAUGGCAGCUACUUCCACAUGGCAGCUUGGGGCUUGCCAGCUCUCAAGACUAUCGUGGUCCUGACGCUGCGCAAGGUGGCUGGGGAUGAACUGACGGGGCUCUGCUAUGUAGCCAGCAUGGACCCGGCAGCCCUCACCGGCUUUGUGUUGGUACCCCUCUCUUGCUACCUGGUACUUGGCACCAGUUUCCUCCUGACCGGUUUUGUGGCUCUCUUCCAUAUACGCAAAAUAAUGAAGACGGGUGGCACCAACACGGAGAAGCUGGAGAAGUUGAUGGUCAAGAUCGGAGUUUUCUCUAUCCUGUACACAGUGCCGGCCACCUGCGUCAUCGUCUGCUACGUUUAUGAGCGCCUCAACAUGGAUUACUGGCGCCUUCGGGCCACCGAGCAACCAUGCACUGCUGCCACUGUGCCUGGAGGCCGAAGAGACUGCUCGCUGCCAGGGGGCUCGGUGCCCACUGUGGCUGUCUUCAUGCUCAAAAUCUUCAUGUCCUUGGUGGUGGGCAUCACCAGUGGAGUUUGGGUAUGGAGUUCCAAGACUUUCCAGACAUGGCAGAGCCUGUGUUACCGAAAAAUGGCAGCUGGCCGAGUCCGAGCCAAAGCCUGCCGGGCCCCAGGGGGCUAUGGCCGUGGUACUCACUGCCACUACAAAGCCCCCACGGUGGUCUUGCACAUGACUAAGACAGAUCCAUCUCUGGAGAACCCCACACACCUCUAGGGACAUGGGCUUGGUAUGGACUAUGGCUGCUCCUUCCUCCCCCUCCCCUCCCCCCUUGGGAGACAGCUGAGUAACAGCUGCCCAGCUGUCAAGGUCAGGCGAGGGAGACACUGGGGGCUAAGGACUAGGGUAGAGACCCAGUAAGGCUCAUAGGCUCGUUCUCUCACAGGGAGCAUGCCUAGUUGAGGCCCCAGAGGGUCCUAGAAGGGGCAGACGAGAACAGGGUCCAGUGCGGGGCUUAUUUAAUGAUGUAAUUUAUUGUGGCGUUUCUCUGGAAGCUGUGGCUGGAAUAAACCCUCAUGUGGCA